AUGGUUAAUCCAACGGGUGUAAGGCGCGGUACGCGCUACAUGUUCUCUCGAGGGUUCAAGAAUCACGGUACGUUUUACUGCGAGUACCACUCGUCCGCUUGUUUGUUCGAGGUUUCUGGUCACAGUCUUUCAAAAGCUGGAUAGUGUUAUCCACUGGAUAAACCAUUAUCUAGUAGAUAACUUUUAGGGAGACCAAUUGCAAUGUCCACUGGAUAGAGAUUUAUCCACCUUUGAACAACUGUGUGCCUGUGAUUUCCCUCAUCCUAGAGCUCAGUCAACCGUUUUCUUUUAUGUUAAAACUUUUGUCAAUUACACUAUUAUAAUAUCUUUCGGAGAAUAUUAUGUGAAUGCUAAAUUGCACUGUUGUUUCGUUUUGCUGGAAUGGAUAGACGUGAUACUCCUGAUUGGUAAAACGUUGUCGCUUUAAAAAUAUACGUAAACCAUGAACGAUGGGAGGUAAUGGAUUUAUGGGUAGAACUUUGUUAGCAUUGCAGAUUUAAAGUUUUUUUCAGAAAUGUCUACAUUAUCGAAGCUUUUUGUGUCGACACAUUCCAGAAAACGUCAAACUGUUUCCAGUUUUUAUGACGAUAACUUGCUCACAACUUCACCGGUGCUUGACACAUAAGAGAUGUUUACAGUUAAAUAGCAUAGUUAUAUCGCUAAGGCACACUUGAAAAUCAUAAAAUAGGACCUAAAAUUAGUGGUCUAGCGAUUAUGACUGUUCGGUUCGAUUCACGAUUCUUUGCUUCCAAGUUUCGAUUUUGGUUCGAUUUUUGCACGCCUUUUCCAGGAUGCCCUUAGUGAGUUAUUUUAUUGUAAAAUCAGAAUCCAGAACGCUUUAAAUUGUGUGUUUAUGAUUGAUGAGCAAAGACGAUAGCAUUUCGUGCGCCAUUUUGUGUUGCCUGGUAAAAAUGCUGUCUUUCAACCACCCCUUGAGAAUUUCCAAAUAAGGCAAACUACCGGUAUGUGCGACACGCUCUUUGUCAGGUUCUCAAACAUGGCGACGAACCAAGCAACUGUGAAUCAUCCUGUCCCUGCUACUCUUCUCAAAUUCAGGGUUUAGGGUUGCAUGUUGUUUACAUUACACGUUAUGUUGUAAGAAUUAAGAAACAUUUACAUGAUCGAAUCGAAAUAAUCGAAAUCGAAAGGCAAUAAUCGAAAUCAAAUCGAACCGCAAGGAAUAUGAAUCAUUACACCCCUACCUACAAUCUUUCUUGGAAGACAAAAAACGACAACAGCAUACCUUAAACAAAGUACUCUAGGGAUUUGCAUCCGCACAGGCAUCUCAUGAUAAUGUAAACGUUUGUUGAAAGAACUUUGAAUUUGCUUUGCUAAUAAAUGUAUACCCAUAAAUCCUUGAAGCCUCAUCAUUCAUGAUUUAUUUGUUUUAGCCACCACAUUUUUUCAAUCAGGUAUAUACCAGCUCGUUUUCUCACACAUCUCCAAGAUGGACAUCUGGUGUUGCUCCCUGCCAGUUUUUGGUCAUUUUACUGUAACUAUACAGACAAUGGACACUUAAGAAACCAUCCAUGGACAAUUGAGAAGUGCUUUGUAAAGUGAAAAAUACCUCAAAAUAGAAAUUUAGGUGCUCUGUAGAAUACACAAGAAUACCAAAGCUCAUUGAUAAAUGAAAGGAGGUGAAGUAAUGGCAGAUAUUUUCUUUGCUUUAGGUACAAUCCAUCUCUCAACUUAUCUAAAAACCUUUAAAGUUGGUGAUAUUGUUGAUAUCAAGGUAGGACUCUUUAUUUUGCAUGUUUCAAUAUUAACACAACAACCUUAGAAAAGGCAGUCUGUGUCUAAAAUCAUUUGGCACUUAAUUUGCCAUUUGCGUGUCUCCUUCUGGUGGAUACUGAAACAGUCAUGAGGACUUAAUAUUUUCCAUAUUGUUCUGCCUCUUUGUUGUUUACUGUGAAAACAAAAUAAUGCCUUGAAAUGUUUUGUUAACAUUUAUCGUUUUAAUUGGCUCAAAACGACAAUACAUGCACUGUAUUUGAGUGUCAAUGUAUUAAGCACAAAAGAACCAAUUGAGAACACAAUUUUUACGUCUCCUACUGGGUACAAAACCACCUUUUUAUGUACAGUGUAGUCAUCUGAACCACACAAAGAUCUAGCUGUUUGCAGGGCAAGGGAAGUUAAGCUUUAUUUCUCAGUUGAUUUUAAGACCCUGAGUAUUGGUCUGUGCCUGGGAAUCGAACCUGUGACUUUCCUCUCUGCAGCCAAGUGCUCUACCAACAAAGCUAGUGCUGCCAUGGGUAAUAUGAUACAUGCAUAUGGAAGUGAUACAUGCAGGUGUUUUUCCUUGGUCGUGUACAUCUGUCUUGAAAUGCAUCCAUGAGAAAAAUUGUUGAGUGUGGUUUUUUGAGUACAUCUUGAACAUGAGUAUAUUAAUUUUUUCUUACUGUUAAGGUAAAUGGUGCCAUCCACAAAGGAAUGCCACACAAGGUGUACCAUGGCAAAACUGGCCGUGUUUUCAAUAUCACCAAGCGUGCUUGUGGAGUUGUUGUCAACAAACAAGUCAAGUAUGAGAGUUUUUUGUUUUCGUCAUGCUCACCUAGUGAUGCUACUUCGGCAUUUCUCGAAUUUGUUGGAGAAUCACUGUUUCCAACAUUUUCAAGGCAAAGUAAAUAAGCGGCAUGGUACAAUUCCUGUAUUCGUGAUUCAAAAAAAUUUAAUUCUCUCUUGUUACGCUUAAAUACAUCAAAUACGGAAUUCUGCCUGUUGAUGACUAUGACUAUUUGUGCUCUCACAAAGGAUACCAAUGCAUGUCACUUCCUUUGACUCUAGACUGAAGUGUCAGUUACAUGUAUGUGCAAAUUACCCUUCAUUCGGCAGAUUUCGCUGGAGACAAGAAUGUUGCCUUUGAUUUCCUAGAUGCUUGCCUUUUUGGGCACUCUAUUUUUUUUACUAUCAAGAUUUUUUUAAGUGUCGCUUCAGACUUUUCUUUCCAACAUUUUAAUGUGGGAAAGUUAGACUGUGACUGAAUGGAGUCACCCAACACACUUUAAGACCGCAUAACUUGAUCUUUCUGGUAUCGUUUGUUCUUCUAUUGUCUCCAAAACAAUCAAAAUGUUUCACCAAUUCCCACCUACAAAUAAUACAUGUAGGAGAUAUUUGAUUGACAGAAAAAUUUGCAUUUACUAGCGACACAUUUCAAUAGGCAGGAUUUUGUAAUGUAAUACCUAAUAGAUGGUUUUCACAGUGACGUCAUCUAAUUGUAAAGUCAAAAUAGCGAGGUUUUACGAAUUCUUAUUUACACUAGGUUGAAGAUAAACAAAAAGUAAAUCUUUGUACAAGUUUCCAUUCCCGUAGCAUGUUUCAUUUCGAAAAUACAGCAAUUUGAACUUCCGAAUUUUCACAGCGCGUGACAUCAAAAUAGGAAUGCUGUCUCGUUGAAAAAAGAGCCUCACCUCUUGAUUUUCAGCAGUAUAACGAUUUUAAGUUUGAGAAGACAUGUUUAUACGCACGUACGGCUAGUUCUUGAGUGAAAAGAAACAGCUUUUAAAGGAAAAGUAAAGUCCAGAUGUUUUUGUUGAUUUCCGGCGGCCAUAUUGGUGGACCAAAGCGGUCCACCAAUAUGGCGUCUCCAUACAAAGCUCUACAAAGUUGCGUGAAACGUUUCGGCAAAUAACUCACAAACUGUGGGCCACAAAGACCGGAGACUUGGACAAAUUGUUUAUAUAUUAGUCUUUUAUAACAUUUCAUCUUCUUGGCUUCCUCCACAGGAUGGUUUCCAAUUUAUUUUUUCGUUGCGUGACAGUGAAAACGAUCUAUAUAAUGUAAUGACCAUUAAGGAUUUUUUAGGGAGCAUACCUCCUGACUUUGAGUGUUUACUACACUGGCAUUAACAAAGAUAUCGGAAAAAGGUUACCACAGCUGCACUGUAUAAAGAUGAAAAUUUGUUAUGAUCCAUGUUUUAUUGACAUCAGAGUUACCAUGGCAACACAAUGAUGCCAUUUCAUUUUUUACAUGCCUUUGUAUUUCUCAAUACUUAGAGUUUUAUUUUUCAGAAAUCGCUAGCUUCUACCUCCCUUAGUUGCCUCGGUUAUGGCAAAGUUUGAACAAAAAAAAUCCAGUUGAGCCACCUUAAAUUGUUUGAAACUUAUUAACUGAUUUUUUUGUGGGACAUAAUUUACAUAAAUCUCCUUGGGGGUUUGUUGGGGGGUGGGGGUUUUCUUACUAGUUAUAGGCCAAUGAGGUUGUGCUGCUGGAUGGAGUCAUGUCUUCUAGACUAGGUUGACUAUCAUGAUGUUGUAUUUUCAAUAGAAACAGAAACUGACUACUGUAAGUUGAGAUCAUGGAAAUUAGGAUCUAAAUUAGCCACAGAAUAUAGAUUAUAAUGGGAUAUGGGUUCUUAAAGGCCAGCAAAAAUUAAGCCAAGUACCCCCCUCACACUUUAUGAAAUUUUGUCGAGUGCUAUUUAAAUAGUCAACAACAACGAGGAUGACAGAACGAAACAAAAAAGAAAACAAAGGAUAAUUAUUUUAAUAGGAAUGGCAAGAAAAUAAUGUUGAGUAAAGGAAACUAAUUGUUUAGUACUAGCUCCCUGUUGAAAGCUGCUACAUGUAAUUAUAGAUGUUAUGUUUUUAUUUCUGCAGGGGAAAAAUAUUGGCGAAGAGUAUAAAUGUACGAGUCGAGCACAUCAAGCACUCAAAGUGCAGAGAUGACUUCUUGAGGUCUGAAAAUAAUCUUUUUUUUCUUUAGUUUUAGAAAUUCAGGGGUUUCAAUAUUUAAUUUAAAGUAGGAAGCUGGUUUGAGUAGAGUAACCUACUAUCAACAUGGUUUGAUUAAAUGUUUCUAUAAUACUUUAAGUCAGCUGGAAAGGGUGGUGACAAGUUUCCCUGAGAAAUGAAUGUGAUACUUUGUCAUCACAUUAUAAGCACAAUGUAGAUUUGAUUGCAUUACAUUCAUUUUGCAGCAUUUGGUUUUCUUUUCUGACAGCAAUAUUAAUUUAAUUAUGCUACCUGAUAUACCCAUUAGUUAUCGAGAAAAUGAAUGCCCCAAGGAAGUAAAGGGUAAAAUUUGUUCUUGCUUUUGUUUCCUAUUAUUCAUAGGAGACAAACGAGAUUAACAGGUUUUACUGACACCAUAGUUACAGUAUUCACCUUAAACAGUGUUGGUAAUAAUGACAGUUGUGCUUUACAGGCGUGUCAAGGAAAAUGAACAGAAGAAGAAGGCAGCCAAGGAAAAUGGUGGACUCAAGGUUGACUGCAAGAGAAAGGUGUGAUUCUUCUCCUCAGCAGUUUGUUUGACCCUCAAUUUUUUUUCUGAUCUUCCCUCUGUCCAUCACGCGAUUCUUAGACAUGUCACAAGUUCAGUGAAAAAUGUCAACUGCUAAGACUUGCCUGUCCUUUUUAAAUACUACCGGCAUCACUUAACUGUUAGUAACAGAAAAGCAAUUGUUUUCACAGGUUCAGUUUCCCUUCAAUUUUCCCUAUUGCACAGCCUUGUGAGUUGUUGUAUAGCUCACAUGACCAUUCUGAGGGCCCAGUUGGUAGUGUGACUUUCUGUUUGCAGUUAAAAUGGCUAUGAAUCUUUUGGAAAAACUUUUUGUUGUGGCAAAUCAGUUGGAAAAGAUGCAAGGUCACUGAAUGAUAUUUUGAUCAGAGGUGGAAAUCUACAAAUGACUCCCAGACAUCUACAAAAGAUUAGGUUUUCUAGUCUUUUCAGAUAAGGGGGAUAAAUUGUACGCCGCAUCUCUUUAUCCUUGCACAUAAAUUAAAAAACCCACACAUUGUUUGUGAUGAUUAGGGGAUGUAGUCCUCAGUGUGGUGGUCUAUCUCAAAUUCACAUUCACAUUAGGGAGCAUCAUCAGUCAUUUCUUCAUUACUUUUAAACUGCGGCUUAAGCAGUCUGGCAAAAGUCCCCCAACCAGUGUUUGACAAUUAUUAUCCCUGAAAAGCCUUUAGGGGAUAGGACAAUAACAUAUUUACAAUUAAAAUGGUUACAAUGGAGUUAGGGGGUCUGAAGGGUUAUCUGGCUUGCUUCAAUGAGAAUUUCCCUACACCUGGUCAAGGCAGUAGAGUAGCCAACUGAAUUAAAGUUAUGUAACAUGAUAACCUUAAAUAUUUAAGUUUUCUUUUCCUAAUUACCAGUAUUAUGUAAUAAUUAACAUUGUGACUGAAAAGCCCUGUUGAAGGGAGUCUCAAUAAAGUAUGUAUGUAUGUAACUGAAGGGCUCCUUGCAAAAUGUCCUCCAAAGAGGAAACGAAGGAGCAGAAUGCAGUUUGCAUAAACCUAUUCAAUUUUUUUGUGACAAGGUAUGCAUGUACCACUUCCUAAAUCUUUUAUUUUUCCUUUUUUUUUUCAGCCCACUCCUCCACGUCUUUCACACUUUGUUCGUACCAAGAGAAACACUCCAGAAACAUUGGAGCCAAUCCCAUAUGAGUUUGUUGUCUGA